CGCCGGAUCCACCAGUGAAGCAGAGCGGGAGGAGCCCGGUUGUUUGCAGAGCCGGCGGCUGGGAAGGAGCGGGUCGGAAUGCAGCGGGUGGCCAGGCUGCGGCCCUGGAUGGGCAGAGCGCGGGCCUGGGGGAAGCACGGGCUCCGCGGUUUCCACGACGACAAGGCGGUGACAGUGGGCACCGAGGCUGAGGCCGGUUCCGCUCUCUUCAAGGAAAAUCAUAAAAGAAUGAAGAUAUUAGUGGCAGAAUUGAAUGAACGAGCAGAGAAAAUCAGAUUGGGGGGAGGAGAAAAGGCUCGGCAGAGGCACAUGUCCCGAGGAAAGUUGCUUCCCAGAGAACGUAUUGACCAGUUGUUAGAUCCGGGGUCACCUUUCCUGGAGUUUUCCCAGUUUGCGGGUUACCAGCUGUACGGAGAUGAGGAGGUGCCUGCGGGAGGCAUCAUUACAGGCAUCGGAAGUGUAUCGGGGGUUGAAUGUUUGAUAGUUGCCAAUGAUGCGACAGUGAAGGGAGGGUCAUACUAUCCGAUCACCGUGAAGAAACAUGUUCGAGCGCAGGAGAUCGCCAAACAGAACCACCUUCCCUGCAUUUAUUUGGUUGACUCAGGUGGUGCAAAUCUCCCACGACAAGCAGACGUGUUUCCAGAUAGAGACCAUUUUGGACGUAUCUUUUAUAAUCAGGCCGUUAUGUCUUCAAUGGGAAUUGCUCAGAUUGCAGUGGUGAUGGGUUCAUGCACAGCAGGAGGGGCAUAUGUACCUGCCAUGGCUGAUGAAAGUAUUAUCGUGAAGAAUCAAGGAACAAUUUUCUUAGGAGGCCCACCUCUGGUGAAAGCUGCAACUGGUGAGGAGGUGUCAGCCGAAGACCUGGGAGGUGCUGAUCUUCACUGCAGAAAGUCUGGUGUUACGGAUCACUAUGCUUUAGAUGACUGCCAUGCUCUUCAUUUGGCACGAAAGGUCAUACAAAGUCUCAACUAUCAGAAGAAACUUGAUGUAACCGCAGAAGCCCCAGAGGAGCCACUCUUCCCUGCCGAAGAGUUAUAUGGGAUAGUUGGUGAUAAUCUGAAGAAAAGUUUUGACAUUAAGGAGGUAAUUGCCAGAAUUGUGGAUGGAAGUAGGUUUCAUGAAUUCAAAGCCUUUUAUGGGGACACUUUGGUUACAGGAUUUGCAAGGAUUUUUGGAUAUCCAGUUGGCAUUAUUGGAAACAAUGGAGUUCUUUUCUCAGAAUCUGCCAAGAAGGGAACACAUUUUAUUGAACUUUGCUGUCAGCGGAAUAUCCCCCUUAUUUUUCUACAGAAUAUCACAGGCUUCAUGGUUGGGAGAGAAUAUGAAGCUGGUGGAAUAGCUAAGGACGGGGCGAAAAUGGUGACCGCUGUUGCAUGUGCAAAAGUUCCUAAAAUCACUGUAAUUGUUGGCGGUUCCUACGGAGCGGGAAACUAUGGAAUGUGCGGAAGAGCAUACAGUCCAAGGUUCCUCUACAUGUGGCCCAAUGCUCGUAUCUCAGUGAUGGGUGGUGAACAAGCUGCGACUGUUCUAGCUACAAUUACAAAAGAUCAACGGGCGAGGGAAGGAAAGGAGUUCUCUGCAGAGGAUGAAAUGGCUCUAAAGGAACCAAUCAUUCAGAGGUUUGAAGAAGAAGGCAGCCCUUACUACUCCAGUGCCAGACUGUGGGAUGAUGGCAUAAUUGACCCUGCGGACACAAGGUUGGUGAUAGGUUUAAGUCUCAGUGCGGCACUCAAUGCACCCACAAAGAAAACAAACUUCGGAAUUUUCAGGAUGUGAACUUGGCUUUUAUUAUUAGAUGGAAUAUUUCUCAAAUCUCAGCUGUGACCAAGAAGCAAUAGCUAAAAGAUUGUUACAUUUUGUGUAAUAAAAUUUGUGUCCAAAACGGUUUGUCUCUUUUUUAAAAUGAGGAUUAUUUUAAAAGCAUCACAUUAUGUUGUUACUUUGGCCAGUGCAUGUCCAAGCCUUGUUGAUUCAGAUUUCGAUGUAGCAGUCAUUAGGAGCUUUGCACUUAUCAGUCUUACUCUGCAUGGAGUCUAUCGUUUAACACCAUUGAUGCAGAGAGCCAUGAUGUUCAUCUGAUUGAUGCCUGUUAUUUCACUCCCACUUAUGUGCAGUCUCUAACUGAAAGAAAGCAUGUAGUGACUCCUAACUCUUCAGUUUGUCUGUCUUUGUGAUUUAUGAGAUAGGUAUUACCAGUAGAAUUUAUUAAUCAUACACCCCCACCCUUUCCCUGUGACUUUUGGCCUGGCAACUUGGCUUUGGCUGCUUUUAAAACAAUAGCAAUUUGAUUAAAGGAGGAAUUUCUAAUGACUGUUACAUUCAUAUGAAAAAGGUCAGAAGAAGCUGUAUCUCAUUAAUAUCAGUAUGCUGGAUGAAAGUGCAGACUGUUUGCCUGCUAGCAAAUGCUUUUUGAAGACCAUGUGACAUAGGAGCAGGGUUAAGCCAUUCGACCCAUCGAGUCUGCUCUGCCAUUCCAUUACAGCUGAUUUACUAUCCCUCUCAACCCCAUUCUCCUGCCUUCUCCACAUAACCUUUGGCUAAUCAAGAACCUACCAACCUCUGUUUUCAACACCGUUGGAUUGCUCUUCAUUGGUAAAAUUUGGAGAUAGUUCAGAUAUACAUGUACUUUCCUUUUGAAAUCUAUGCAGCCUCACUCUGAAGAGUUCUCUGAUUUGUACAGUGAAGAAACUAAAUUCAAAUGGGCGCAGACGCAAAUUGGUAAACCGAACAGAUGAAAUCUAUUGCAGAGAAAUUGGAAGUGAUUCACUUUGAAAUGAAAAAUGGAGGUGACAAAAUAAACUAAAGUAACACAUAUAAAAUGCUGGAGGAACUCAGCAGGUCAGGCAGCAUCUGUGGAAAAGAGCAAACAGUCGACGUUUUGGGCCGAGAUCCUUCCUCAGGACUGAGAAGGAAGGGAAAAGAUGCCAGAAAAAAGGUGGGGGAGGAGAAGGACAAGCUGGAAGGUGAUUGGUGAAGCCAGGUGGGUGGGAAAGGUAAAGGGCUGAAGAAGAAGGAAUCUGAUAGGAGAAGAGAGUGGACCAUGGGAGAAAGGGAAGGAGCAGAGAUCAAAAUAAACUAAAUCGUAAUUAUUAAAGAGACCUGGGAUUUACUGUAUAUCAGUGAUUCAAAAUCAAUAACCUAUAUAAAUGUAUAGGGAAAUGUUAAGGAGAUCUUCAUUAUUUUGGUAUUGCAACCAUCUUUUUAUCGAAGUUUUCUUUAAAUAAAUAAUUUUACACUUUUUAGCAGCAUUACUGCCUUGUCAUAUCAUCUUCAAAGCGUUAAUUGUAUAAAUCCCUGGUCUCUUAAAUAAUUACCACUUUAUUAAUUUUGCCUGUUACAUUCUUCAUUUCAGUGUAGAAUGUAGGGGACAAUUCAGACUGACAGAGAAAGAACAAUUCUCAAAUGUAUGUGUAAAGCUGAAAUCCCCCUUGUUUCCCAUUAAAAGUGCAUCGCAUGUCUGAUGUUAGAAUGCUGAGCUCAGUUAUACAAUUUAUUGUCUGACUUAUUUAGGUAAAGUUCUUGUUAGAAUCUGAUUUUCUACCUUUUAUUGACACUGAUUGAACUAUAUUGGUUUGAAAACAUAUCAUUAAUAAACAGUAAACACUAAUAAAUAAACUGGAUUCUGAUUUGUGUAGUUGUUUUCACCAUGAAAUAUACCUUAUUGCAAACACUUUCUCAAUAACACCAUUAGGAAUCCUUGUAGUUAGUUGUAUACAUUAUUUCUGUGCAUGAAAUGGUUAACUGCGGCAGAUGACUACUUGCAUCUCAGUUCAGAGAACCGGAUUACAAACUGCUUGUAUUGGUAUUGCUUACCAUCAAAGAUGUUUAAUCAAGAUUCUACCUCACUGUAAAUGCUGUAAUUUCAAAUUCAACGUUCUUUUGUCAGGAAAUACUUGGUGAUCAAAUGGGGAAAAAGGUUACGAACUGCCAGCAUUUCUGCAGAUGAUUUAAUUAAAUUAAAUUCUCUGUUGAAGAAACUAUUUAUACUCACCAAUGUAAUUCUUCACUCAUACAACAGAUGGUUUUGAUGCCUUAACAUUUCAAUGUGAAAUUCAUAUUUGCAUAUUUUGAUGAACUGAUCUGAAAAAGUUUGGUGUGA